AUGUCCUUUCUCCCACCAGGUGUCGCCGAUGGUCGUCUUCAUGGUUUCGAGUUUACAUUUGAGGCAAUCCCCGACAAGUCAUCCCUGCACGACAGCCACAUUGAAGUUGACCCCGAUCCUCAUGAGGGGGAGACUGAAUCACUACCCGACGACGUCGAGUGUUUUCCCAGACAUUUCGGCAGGACGUAUCAUGCGUAUCGAGCAGGCUCCUAUGUCUUCCCCAACGACCCUGCAGAGCAGGAGCGUCUAGACCUUCAAUCGCUUGCACUCACAGAAUUGUUCAGCGGCAGGUUACACUUCGCCCCGAUCGCCGUCGAAGGGAGUCCCAAGCGGAUCCUCGACGUCGGCACAGGUACGGGGGCAUGGGCCAUGGAUAUGGGAGAUGUGUACCCGGAAGCCAAGAUAGUCGGUAUCGACCUGUCACCGAUCCAAAGUAACGCCGUUCCACCAAACGUUCACUUUUACAUCGAAGAUGCCGCACAAUCGUGGCAAUGGGAAGAACCCUUCGACUACGUCCACACCCGCGUUCUGCUCGGGUCAUUUGGCGAUUUCAAAAACGAAGUCAUACGCCAGGCUUUCGACUCCCUGCGCCCGGGCGGCUGGCUCGAGUCCCAGGAUUUCAAUCUCGAGGCGACGAGCGACGACGACACACUUGCCCCCGACUCACCUCUAUCUCGCUGGGUGGACGACAUGAACCUCGCCAGUGAGAUGAUUGGGCGCCCCUUGUCUAGAGCACACAUGCUGCGAGAGUGGUAUGAGGAGGUGGGCUUUGUGGACGUCCACCAGCGCGUCUUCAAGAUCCCGAUCAACGGCUGGGCCAAGCACCCCAGGCACAAGCAUGUCGGGAGGCUUUGGGAGCAGAAUUUCUUGGACGGCCUCAGCGGAUUCAGCAUGGCACUCUUUACGCAGGUGUUGGAAAGACAGCAGGAAGAGGUGCAGGUUUCUCUGGUCGAUGUCCGCAGAGACAUUUCCAACAUGCAAAUACAUGCUUAUCAGCAUGUCUGGGUUGUAUGGGGUCGCAAACCAUACCCGGAUGAAGCCAUUCCUGCGCAAAGUCCGUCAGAGAACAAGGAAAUGACCGACUGA